AUGACGAAUCAGCUUAGCAACGAGCAGUUCAUCUUCAGUACUAACUCUCCGAUUGCACUCAACGAUGGCACCAAUCACCUUGUAGCGCAACCGCUCAUCCCCGGCCAGGUGAACAACGCUGUUUCAGCCCCUGUCAACCACAACGGCGCAGUAGCGGCAUCCAUCUGGCCAACAGCUAACAACAACAACAACAACAACCCUAAUUGCGAAAUCAACUACAACUUGCUGCAGGUAACCGAGCAGCAGCAGCCACCUCCACCACAGCAAACCGUUAGCUUUUCAACAAACAACUUACCCCAAGUUCAAGCACAAAACAUGUCUCAAAUUGUACUCUUGCCCACUCAGAAUAUCAAUCUGAUGCCCAAUGAUGUUGGCUACCAGCUGUUGACCAACACCAUACCAAACGUCGGUGUUCUCGUGCCAACUAACCUUCUGCUAGCCAACGGCUACCUCUUGCUCCCCAACUCACAAAAUGCCUGCCAGGCUAUUGCUCUUGAAACCAGUGCCAGCACACCAACAAACGAUCCAUCAAUCAGUGUGCCCGGACACAUGAUCGCAACAAAUGUUGAAUUUGAUGCUAUUGCACAACAGCAACAACAGCAGCAGCAACAACAACAACAGCUGAUACUGCAUCAGCAAGAAUCAGUACAGCAGCAGCAACAUCAGCAAGUUGUGCAACAGCAAGAGCAAGAAUGCGAAUACAUUGCCUUGACUGAAUCGGGCACGCAAACCGUUCUAAACGGGCUAACGGUGGAAACUUCUGAGCUCAACAAUGGCCAAACGGCUCAUCUCAUUAGCAAUGGGCAAAUUGUGGGCAUAAUCGGCAGUGAUCAGCUGAGCCUUCUCCAGCAGCAGGCAGACUCGCUGUCAGGCGGUGGUGAAAACCAGGUGCUCCUAGCCGCCUGCAUCGACGAAAAUGGCCUCACUCUGAACGGACAAGCAGCCUUGGUUGAAGGCGGAACUAACUAUGACAUCAACACGAUGCUCGCCCAAAGCAUGGCCACAGCGGUGGUGGAGAAGUCUGACCAGGACCAGGCAAAGCAGUGGCUUAAGGAUAGCUACAUCGUGAACAGGGCGCUGAAGGCGUUGAAGAAGACAAACGGCAGUUCUCAUCACCACCACAACCGUCCACUCCCACAGGUCAUUCGACGUCGAGAGCAGUAG